AUGCGUUGGAAUAAACGCGGUCGUCCGGUAUUCGUGUUGAAACCGAUAAAUAUCAGCGAUUUCUGGCUCAAAGACAUAACUCCGGCGGUGAUUCGACGGGAUUACCCUGCCGGAAUGUGGGACGAGUUGGUUGUAACGUUUGUGUUUGAGCGUCGAUAUAUGUGGUACUUUCUACAAGCUUAUCUACCGACAUACUUCACAAUCUUUAUCAGAAAUCCGACGAAAAUGCAACGCCCGCUGUCUUUCAGCAGUUGCGUAUGA